CCCCGGAGUUGACUGGCGGAAGCUCUCCACUCUUAACUCUUUGCUUAACCUUGUUUGUUUCCACGCUGGGUGCAGCAGACAGAAGCACCGGCCCUUCUUACCUUAGUUAGAGGCAUGGCUUCUGGAACAGCAUUGGUUUAUGAUGAUGAAAUGACCAGCCAUAAGCUCCUUUGGGAUGACCCAGUCUGUGACAUAGAAGUCCCCGAGCGGCUUUCUUCUUGCUAUGAGCGCCUUAAAUGCUAUAACCUGGUUGAAAGAUGUGUCUCUGUACCUGUCAGAGAAGGAACUGAGGAAGAGGUCAUGUUGGUUCACAGCUCAGUUUAUUUGGAAAGUGUGAAGAGAACUCCGAAAAUGACAGAAGAGGAGCUCCGAAAAACCUCUGCGGGUUACGAUGCUGUUUUCUUUCACCCGACCACGUAUCGCUGUGCCAAAUUGGCCGUGGGAGGAACUCUGGACAUGGUGGAUGCUGUGAUGUCAGGGAAAACACGAAAUGGGAUGGCUCUGAUAAGGCCUCCAGGCCACCACAGCCAGAGAAAUGCAGCCAAUGGGUUUUGUAUAUUCAACAAUGUUGCUAUAGCAGCAAAAUAUGCCCAAAGGAAAUAUGGUCUGCAGAGAGUUCUCAUUGUGGACUGGGAUGUGCACCACGGACAAGGAAUUCAAUAUAUAUUUAAUGAAGAUCCAAGUGUCCUCUAUUUUUCCUGGCAUCGGUAUGAACACCAGCAGUAUUGGCCUACACUCAGAGAGUCUGAUUAUGAUGCAGUUGGUCAGGGGAAAGGAAAAGGAUGCAAUAUAAAUGUGCCUUGGAAUAAGAUUGGAAUGGGCAAUGCAGAUUACGUAGCCGUAUUUCUUCAUGUGUUGCUUCCAUUGGCUUUUGAGUUUGAUCCAGAACUUGUUUUGGUCUCUGCUGGUUACGAUUCUGGAAUUGGUGACCCAGAGGGCCAGAUGAGUGCUACGCCGGAAUGUUUUGCCCAUCUCACUCAUUUCCUAAUGCAGUUGGCGAAAGGGAAAUUGUGUGUGGUUCUGGAGGGUGGAUAUCAUCUGAGGUCGCUGUCUGAAUCGGUUUGUAUGACUCUAAAAGCUUUGCUUGGAGAUCCAUUGCCACGUUUGUCUGGAGAAAUGGCACCAUGCUUAAGUGCAUUAGAAUCAAUCCACAAUGUAAGAGCUGCACACAAACCAUACUGGAAGUGUUUGGUGCAUGAAGACAUAGCUCCAUUGCAAGACCUGAGUACCAAGGCACAACUCCUACCCACACUAGGAGAUGGAACGCCGAAUAGUGAAGAGGCCAUCAAAACAGACAAGUUUCUGGAGCUCCACAUGAAAAAUAUUUCAUUUCCGAGACCUCACGUUAAAACAACCAUCGCCGUUGAUGAAAGCAAUGCACGCUUGCUUUCGCUGUCUGUUCAAACUGAGAAGGAAAAGGAUACGAAAGAACUCCAGGCCCUUCUCAGCAGACUUGAUGCUGAUCUUGUGAAAGAAGGAAAGGACUUAAACUCAUUUUUGAACAUGUUGGCUGUCCUUGACAAAAUCAUUAAAAAGGAGGUGACCAACGGUCUCGCAGUCUCACCUGAAGUAUCCCUUUCUUCCGCUAUCGCUCUAAAACAUUGCCGUAACCUGAAGGUACAAAAAGUCCUGUGUGUUUCUGUCGGUGACAUGGAUGUGAAAACUGAUUUGGAUGAUGGCAAAGUUCUCCUGAUAAAUAUUGGUGCUAAGCCGCCUAAGAAAUCUGACACCAAAUACGAUCUAACCGUGAACUGGAAAAAGGGUGUUGAAACAAACAACUUCUUCUCUCCUGCCCUUGGACUCAUUCUUCCGGUUGCAUACAGCUAUCAGCCUGACCUAACCCUUAUAGUUGUUGGACCAAACCAGAGUGUUGGGCAAAAUGGGAUUUCCUUGCUUAUUCGUUUACUGCAAGGCUUGGCACAGUCUCACAUUCUUGCUCUGAUUCAGGAAAGUGAGGUAACAUUCUUGCAAGAUAUAAUCAAAACCCUGAAGAGUGACUUUACACCUUCCUUUGGAACAUACGCACCAGAUCUGAAGGAGAAUGUGCAGAGGGUAAUAGAAUUAAGAGAGCAACUUCAAAAUGAAUGGAAAUUACUUCAGUGUUCAGCGAAGUAAUAAGCAAAGGUUUCCAUUGCUGAAAGAUGAAAUAUACUUGGCUGUCAUUUUGGCUCUCCCUUUUGAUCUGCGUAUCCAGAAUCAAAAUAAAGGGGAAAUGAAGAUUAUCUAGAAAAUCAGCAGAUAAAAAGAAUGAAGAGUGAGCUACGCAACAGGAAUGAUGCUGCAAGAAUCAUUUCACAUUUUACUUAUCUAUCUUUUUCAAAUGGAAUUUAUGUAUUUCACAAAAUACUUUUCUAUCUUUUUUUAAAAUUAAACUAUAAUUAAACAAGACUGUGUUAA